GACGAAAAGAGUCUUCUUCUACAAUUUGGAGACAUGGCGAAUCAGUCCUCUCUUCCUUCUCCUAUCUAUUGUGUUUCUUUCAAUCAAGAUAAUAGUGGGUUUGCUAUAAGCUGGAAAGAUUCCUUCAAAAUAUUCGAUUCCACUACAGGCAGACUCUGCUAUGAACGAGCUGCUGGGGCUUUUGUUAUUGUUGAGAUGUUGUAUAGCUCAGAUCUACUUGCCGUUGUUGGAGCUGGUGAACAGGCUUCUCUAUCCCCACGGCGUCUUUGUUUGUUCAAGACCACAACGGGGUUACCUCUUAGGGAAUUGAACUUUUUAACUUCUAUACUUGCUGUCCGUAUGAACAAGAAAAGACUUGUUGUUGUGCUGCUAGAGAAAACAUUCGUUUACGACUUGAAUACUCUUGUCAUGCUUGAUACUAUCGACACCGUGCCAAAUCCUAAAGGUCUAUCUGCAUUCUCUCCAUCUCUUGAAGGCUGCUACUUAGCUGUUCCAGCUAGUACGACGAAAGGGGCGGUUUUGGUGUAUAACGUCAUGGAUUUGCAGUCUCAUAGUGAGAUAGAUGCACAUCGUUCUCCAUUGGCUGCGAUUGCACUCUCUUCAAAUGGAAUGUACAUUGCUACAGCGUCUGAGCAAGGAACCUUGAUCCGAGUCCAUCUUGUUUCGGAAGCAACUAAGUCAUAUAGUUUCAGGAGAGGAACAUACCCAUCUACUAUAUACUCACUGUCUUUUGGACCAUCGACACAGCUUCCGGAUAUAUUAAUUGCAACGAGUUCUUCAGGCUCCAUUCAUGCCUUCUCUUUAAGUUUGGCCAUAAACCAAAGAAGCAAAAGGUCUACCAGCUUUCUUGGAUCGGUUCUUCCGGACAGCGUGAGUGAUGCACUAGAUCCAGCUCACCAUCAUGUGCUUCAAAACGCAGUUUCUUCCGGGAUUAGAAGUUAUGCAGUGGUUAGGAAGAUAGACAAACUUGAAGGAACAUCAUCUCCAUCUCAGUUUACAUCUCUUAGAGCAACGGUAUCAGUGAUUACUUAUAAUGGGUAUUUCCAGGAGUAUACGCUAAGUAUCAAUAACAAGAAUGAGUCUUUAUGGACAAUGGAACGUGAAUUCAAUCUCUUCUCCAUAACAACCGGGUGAUGUAUAAAUCAAAUACCAAAUGUAUGAAAGUACAGGGCAACUUUUUUGUAUGUAACAAUCUGUACCUUGGGUUCAUCAAGAAUAUUAUUAUAGUCUCAUGGUCUUUGGUUGUUCGCAAAUAUUAUUAGCUCUUUCGUGCUAUUACUCUAGCUUAAUCUUGAUUUGUGUUCAAGAAAUGAAAUACAAAAUGGUCU